GUGGAGGAAGAGAGGAAUAAAAAAACAUCACAAGUUAAUUGCAGCAAAAUUAAAAAGAAGGAACAGUUAAAUAUGGAGAGCGUGGGGAAAUUCGAGUUCAACAGGAAGGAUCUGAUCGGGCAUGGAGCUUUCGCCGUCGUUUUCAAGGGUCGAUGCACAGAGAAACACGAUUGUGAAGUUGCUAUUAAGUGCAUCAACAAGAAAAACCUAGCAAAGUCACAGACCCUUCUGGGCAAGGAAAUUAAAAUAUUGAAGGAACUGAAACAUGACAAUAUUGUGGCACUGUAUGACUUUCAGGAAGUGGCAAACUCUGUCUAUCUGGUGAUGGAGUACUGUAAUGGUGGUGACCUUGCUGAUUAUCUCCAUUCGAAGGGGACUCUCAGUGAGGAUACCAUCCGACUUUUCCUGCAGCAGAUAGCGGGGGCCAUGAAGAUGUUGCACAGCAAAGGGGUCAUCCACCGUGACCUGAAACCACAGAACAUCCUACUGUCCUGCAUCGGAGGCCGCAAAUCCAACCCCAACAAUAUCCGCAUCAAGAUAGCUGACUUUGGCUUUGCCCGAUAUUUACAGACCAACAUGUUGGCAGCAACUUUGUGUGGUUCGCCCAUGUACAUGGCUCCGGAAGUUAUCAUGUCCCAGCAUUAUGAUGCCAAGGCUGACCUGUGGAGUAUUGGAACUAUUGUGUACCAGUGCCUGACUGGCAAAGCCCCUUUCCAGGCCAACAGUCCGCAGAACCUGCGUCUGUUCUAUGAGAAAAACAAGACUCUAGUACCAAACAUUCCGAGAGAGACAUCCAGCCACCUGCGUCACCUGCUCCUGGGACUCCUGCUCCGUAACUACAAAGACCGUAUGGAGUUCAGUGAAUUUUUUCAUCACCCGUUUCUGGAUAUCAGCUGCUCCAUGAAGAAAUCUGCUCCAGUACCUAUGCCUGUGUAUCCCAGCUCAGCGUCCACCAGUUCUUGCAGCAGCUCCUCUACCUCCCACCUUGCUUCACCUCCCUCACUGGCCGAUAUGCAGCAGCUCUGUGAGAAAGCCCUCGCAUCGCCCGCUCAGGAGACCCCGGGAUUCCUUCACGGCUCCAAGGAGUCAGGCGGCAGCAGCAGCAAGAACUCCUCCUGUGACAUCGACGACUUUGUGUUGGUGCCUUACAACAGCCCAACACACUACCCUGGUGAGCUGCUGAGUGACACUAUGGCAGGAAGGACAGCGAUUGACAGUCUGAAUUACAGCAGCAGUUCAGUUCUGACCUCCACAGGGUUAGGAAGUCAAGGGAGACCGUCAUCCCCUUCUGUAUCCUGCAGCAGUUCCCCAAGCCCCUCAAGUCGGCCGAGCCAGGAAUCCAUCAGCACCUAUGGAGACACCGUUCCUAUCCCUGUCCCUACACAGGUUCUCAAUUACCAGCGGAUAGAACAGAACCUUCAAUCUCCAAAGCACUGCAGCUCACCAAGGUCUGGGGCAGUUCGAAGUUUCAACAAACCUGGGGCUUCACCUCCACGUCCUGGGGAACAAGGAUCCUCCCCAUUUCGAAGGCCAUCUUCUGGAAGUAUGAAACCUUACUUUCCAUCACCACAAGUUGGCACAAUUCCUGAGCAGCCGGACCAGUUUGCCAGUACUUCGCCGAUUGGAUCAGAGGCACGGGUUAAGCACACAUCUCCAGAACCACACCAGCACGGAUUGGGUUCCAGACUGCACAGUGCUCCUAACCUCUCGGACACACAUCAGUGUCGGCAGAAGAUAAGGAAACAAUAUUCAGAGCCCGUGGUGAUGUACAUGGCACAGGUUCAGCAUAGCCAGCCACUGCAGAUGCCAGCACUGCAGCCUUGCAGACAGAUCAGGUCAUCUCCCAAACUCUCGGAGCUAAUUCAGAGAAGCCCGCUCCCAACAAUCGUGGGAUCUCCGACAAAGGUUCACUCGCCUUUUGAAUUCCCUGAGACACCCAGCUCUCAAAAUCUUGUCACGCUGCUCACUCACCAGGGCCUCACACUGGCCUCAGCUCGCAAUAGGACAGUGCCUAACCUGAGCCCCCUCCAGCAUCAGCACCUUGACCUUGGACUGAAGCCUGUCGACGACAUCAAGGGACCAUUUGGCAGAUCCCUCAGCGCUGGCAAACUCUCUGACUUACUGCUAAAGGCUGCGUUUGGAGGACCCAUCUCAGAAGCUGUCAGCAACGACAGCCUAAACGCCGAGAAACCAAUGGAUGUAACAGCUCCAUGCGCUCACGGAGGGUAUGUAUCUUCAGGAGCUGGUGUGGCGUACUCCAGCAGUCCGGCACCUGUGGUUUUUACAGUUGGGUCUCCACCCAGUGACAUCCCUCCCCACUCUGGCAGAACGAGGAUGUUUUCAGUGGGUUCCUCCAGUUCGAUAAGCUCGGUGGGCUCUAGCAGUGGCCGUGUUUUCCAGUGCUCACCAGCAGGUCCGAGCGCAGAAUUGUCUCCGGCGCCAUAUGAAGGACCUUCGAGUCUCAGGUACACGUACCCGGACGCCAUCGCGACAAACAUGGAGGCAAUGGUGACCUUUGAAGCGCCGGAGUUACCAGAAGAAACCCUUAUGGAGCAGGAGCACACAGAGAUCCUGAAGAACCUGCGUUUCACCCUGGUCUUUGUCCACUGUGUGAUGGAGAUUGCCUCAGCCAAAGGCAACCCCUUUGAAAUGGUGUGCAGCUCGGUGACCUCCGCAUGCCAGUUGCAGGAGAGUGUGGUGGUCGAUCAGAUUAGUCUGCUCAGCAAGGAGUGGAGCUACGCAGAGCAGCUGGUUCUCUACAUGAAGGUUGCAGAGCUUCUGUCAUCGACCUUGCACAUGAGCAAGAACCAGAUCAAGGCAGGAAAACUGUGCCCAUCAUCGACUGUCAAACAAGUGGUGAAGAAGCUGAACGAACACUACAAGUCCUGCGUGUCUCACUGCCGCUGUCUGACCGUCAGGCUACAGCGUUUCUUUGUGGAUAAGCAGCGGCUCAUGGACAGAAUAAACAGCAUCACUGCCGAGAAACUCAUCUACAGUCAUACUGUGCAAAUGGUGCAGACCACAGCGCUGGAUGAGAUGUUUCAGCAGGGAGAGGAUUGUAUUCAGCGGUACCACAAGGCACUGCUGCUAAUGGAGGGUCUCUCACAGAUAAUCACUGAGCAGGAAGAUGUGGACAACAUCAGCAAGUGUAAGCAGAGCAUCGAACGCAGACUGUCCGCGUUGCAACCAGGACUGUGUGCAUGAUGCAACACGCUGGAACACCUUCCCAGGUCUUGGGCCUUGCGGUGUCUAGGAUACCUGGAUACCCUAUUGCAACCAUCCCAGUUGCCAUUGGACACAAGCUGGGCUUUUAUUGUGCAUAUCAACCUGCAAAAUGAGUGACUCGUUGGGGGACAUUUAAGUGGAAAUGUCCCUCCCCUGCGAAACCACUGCAGCAAUUACAGAUGUUUCUGGUCUGCUAUGUAGAUUUCUUCUAACAAAGUCACUCAGAGGAUUCUUCAUCGGUUCUCCACAAGACGCUUGACUGACCAGGAGACGGUUUAGCGGCGAUCCUCUCUGACGUUGUAUUUGGGCUUAAAGGAAGAAUACUCAGCUGGGACACUGUUGCCUGAUGAAAAAAGCAAGCAGAAAAUCUCAGUUGAAGAGAUUUAAACACUUGCACUGGCACUGACGAAAGUCAGUGAGACAUUUUCAGAGCAACAAAGCUUUUUGGUAUUAUUUUGUUUUUCAUUGAAUGCUGCCUUGAAGCACUUUCCUCACUUUUUUUCUGAAGUGUUAAACACACACGCACACACACAAACACACACAAACACACACACACACACACACACACACACACACACACACACACACACACACACACACAAAAACAACCCCCACACACUAGCCUGUAAGGUAGAGGUGCACUUUAUAUUAGCGUCGGUUAAAAACUUGAACUGCUUGAUGGCCCAAAUAAUGUUAUCAAGAAAGAUGGAAUCUAAAGCUAAGAGACACUCAGCCCUGCCUCCCUAGCACCUACCCCCACCUGCCAUCCAUCUUGUUGUUUUUGUGUUGCACUAUCUGAGAAUCUCGGCAUGUAGCUGGUACAGUAUGGGGUAAGAGAGUGUGUGUGUGUGGGCCCUACUCAUUUCUCAGUCAAAGUCUGCGUGGGAGCAAUUUCCAAGUAGCAUUUCACACACAAAAGCAGUGGCAACAGACAAUCGCACCUGUAGAUUGUUUCUUGUGGACUUUUUUUAUUCUGUUCCCUUGUGGUGAUAUAGUUGAGUGUGCACGUCUGUGAUGCGUGCGUGUGCAUGAGUGCGCGUGCGUGAGUACUUUGCUUUGUUUUUCACCUUAUAAAUGAGGCAAACUAGGUUAGGAACUAGGUCAAGAAUUUGAAUGGUAAGGUGCGCAGCAUGGUGCAUACAUGGCCGAGUGCCUGUGAUUCCACGCUGUAGCAGAUUGUCACUUGAAUGUACCAGCGUUUGGAAACUCAAGGCUACUUAUGAUUUACAGGUUGUCAACCAAUGAUUUCUUUUUUUCCCCUCUAUCUUGCAUAAAUACUUGAAAAUUAGCCACUGUGUGUACACGAGAAUAUGUAUGUAUAACAAAGAUAUCAGUGCCACCAAACUCGCUACAAGAGGUUUUGACUUAACCCUGAACUGUGUAAGAUAAAUGUUAUCAGUUAGUAUUUAUUGCUUUGAAGUCAGUGAGAAACAAGCAAACUGGAGUGAUUUACUGUACUCAAAGCACCAACUGUUUCCAAGGCAACCAUUUCUUGGUUAUUUCUUUACUGUUGAUGUGUAGUUUUUUGUUUGACAGAUUCCACAGGAGCUUGGGACUCAGCUCCUCGACAUAUAUAUUCAGGUUGGAACUGUUCAAAGUGUAUUUUGUUAUUCUGCAAUGUUAAAAAUGCUGGAAACAUUUUCUUUUCAGUUUUUAUUUCCGUGAGUGCUGUAACUUUUUUUUUUGUCUUUGAAUUGUACAAAAAACCCAGAAUUAAAUAAAACAGUUGGAACUGA